GUUUGGCAGUGUAUUAGGCACCAUGAAGAAGAUCGUGAUAAGGAAGUAAACAUAAGAGAACGGAUGUAUUGCUCACUCAUCUAAGUUCAGAACGUUGUGGUUCAAUGCAGAAUACAGAAUACAGAAUAUGUAGCCUACUAUGUCCUGUAAGCAGUAGUUUCAACGAAUUGUAUGUAGGCUAUUGUCUAUUUUUACAUUUUGUUCUAUGUUUCCAGUAGACAACAUGGCAGAAGAGCCUGUAAGCUUUGAAGACUCCCAGAAUGCCUGUGACAGGUGUGAUGAAACUACUCCACGGUUGGUAGACAACAUGGCAGAAGCAGAAGAGCCUGUAAGUAGGUGUAUUGUUGAAGAUCCCCAGGAUGAAUGGGACGUGUGUGAAGAUGCUACUCCACAGAUGGAAUGUCCUACUCUCAGGUUCUACAGUGAGGUGACAGGGGACAUUAAAAAACCCAUCCAAGACUUCAAGUUGUUUCUGAAAGGGACCCCUUUCACUGAAGUGUCCUCGUCAGAGUGGAGCGAUAUCAUUCUGUAUGUUUGUCCUGUUGAUCUCGAAGCAGGUUCUGGCAUUGAAACCAUUCUGAAAGAGAUGCCAGAUUGCAAGCCUGCUAUCUUGGUUCUGAUGCACCACACUGAUGACCCUGCAUAUGUGGUAUUAGACAGUAGCAGCUAUGAAAAUGAGAGGGGUAUACUCAUAGUGCACCUCCUGUACCAUGAAGAUAAGGGACUCCUGGAAUGUCAAAAGAAUGAUGAAGCUCGUAAAAAAAUUCUGGAGACCUUAACAAGUUCUGAAAAAUGGGAUGAGUGUGAAGAUGCAAAAGACAUUGAAUGCCCAUCGGUUCGUUUCCAUAGCAUUGUUCCAGGAAGUAUUAGAAAAUACAUCAGGACUUUCAAGACUUCUUUGGUUGAUAGUCCUAAUGUAACUGAAGUGUCCACUUCAGAAUGGUCGGAUGUCACCCUUGCCUUCUGUCCUAUUGUGUCUCGAGUUGGAACUGACAUUGAAGCUGCUCUCAAGAACAUUGAAGGCACAAAGCCUGCUAUCCUGGUAGCAAUGCACCACACAUUUGAACCUGAGUAUGUCAUACCAGACACCAGUCGCUUUGGAAGAGAUAAGGGUGUCCUUAUAGUGGACUGCCUGUUCCAUGAGGACUCAGGGCUCCUGAAGUGUAAGGUUAACCAAGAGGCAGAGGAAGUCAUCAAGAGGUGCUUGUAUGAGGAGUACAAAACGAAAACUUCACAUUCUUCACAAACUGUGGAUUCCAAUUCAGAUCCUACUACAUGGCCCGCCAGCAAUACUCUUUGGCCCACCAGACUAUUCUGACUGACUUAGAAGCAAGAACUUUACUUCAUUGAAACAACUAACCCAAAGGAAAACAUAUUGGCCCGAAAAUUGUCUCGAUCUGACCUGUUUUUCAAAAGCCCCUCCUCUUUAUGAGAAAUAAGGAGCAAUAAGAAUAGAUUGAGAGGAAAAACAGAUUAUUCAAUAUUUGUGUUGAGCUUGAGCUUGUCUCCACCCAACUUAAGACCCUUGGGUUUUAGCGAAAAAAGGUCCGAUCUCAUUUAGAAUUUUGCUCAACCUUGAUUUUGCUGCCUUAAGGGAUAUCAUUAUGAUAGUAACUUCUGAGCUUCAGUAUAGCUGUAGGAUUUGUUCCCCCUUCAGAGUCUCUGAGAGGAGAGUGAAAUCUGUUAUGUUCUGUUUUGCAUUGAAGCAUGAUUUCGUCGAUUUUGUCAUUAUACCAUGUAACACCUACAGUAAUUUUGUGCUUUUUUAGUUCCCCCUCUUUUUAUCUGGCCUUUUUUACUGUU